AGUACUCCGUCUAGGGUUUCCCUUGUCAGAGUAGUACUCCAGCUAGGGUUUCCGCAUGGGCCUGCCGGGCGCCGCCGCUUGAUCCCGUCUCCACUCUCCUCGACUCCACCAAAACCACCUCGCCGAUGCUCCUCCGUUCUGGGCGGCGCCUGGCCGCCGAGGACGAACCGGGGCGGACGGCCCCGCCGAGGAGGAGAAGCAGGGCAAGGUCGGACCGCCUCGCCGUCAUCCCCGAUGAGAUCCUGCAUCAGGAGAUCCUGCCCCGCCUCCCGGCCAAGUCCGUGCUCCGCUUCCGCGCCGUCUGCCGGUCCUGGCGCAACCUCGCGUCCGACCCGGCCUUCCUCCUCGACCACCACCGCCGCCAGCCGGCGCUUCCCCUGAUCAGGUGCUGCCGGAUCUCCGACGGGUCCCGCCGCGGCCUUGAAUCCUGCCUCAACGCCAUCCACCUCCGGUCCGCGAAGCUCGGCCCCUCUUUCCAGUUCCCAUUCGCUGGCUCUUUCGCCAUCAGGGCCUCCUGCGACGGCCUUUUCGUCGUCUUCAACCACAUCAUCUGCAACCCGGCCACGCGUGAGUGGGCUACCCUCCGGCAGGACGGCAAGCCCAUAGAAAAUCUCAUCGCCCUCUUCCGGCACCAACCUUCAGGGGAGUUCCGCGUGAUGUACUGGAGAAACAACUCUAUGGAGUUAAUCUGUCGGCAGGAGUAUUACAUCCUCACGGUGGGAACCAACAAUUCAUGGCGCGUUGAUUGUCCGUUAACAGAGGUUUUGGCCGAGGAACCAUCCAUCUUUGGCGCGCCCGUCCUUCUCAACGGCAGCCUGCACAUACAUUGGAGGAGACGGUCAGGUGUCCGCUACCACAGGAUACGGGUGUUUGACACAGUGGCAGAGACGUCGCGGCUAAUGAGUCCGCCUCCUGUGAACCCCGGCCAUGUUAUGCACCUGCUUGACAUGGGUGGCAAGCUUGCUGCGUCCACCAGCGAGGAUGGCAUGACUGGGAUGUCCAUCUUUUUGCUGCAGGACCCUGAGCAUGAUGUCUGGGCGUUCCAGUACCAGAUCAAACUGCCCGUGAUGGAAAUCAGGCGCUUCCAGGAGCAAGGUGAUUGGCGGGCGAAGGUUGUCUCCGAGGAGGGGGACGUGCUUGUCAGCUGCUAUGGCCAUCUCCUGCAAUAUGACAAGAAGGGUAAUUUGGUAGCUAAGUUCAAGUAUGAUGAUGACAUGCCGAUGGUCAUUCCUCACAAGUUCAAAGAGAGUCUUAUCCAGCAUACA